GCCAAAAGCUGCCCUAGAGUUUGGAUUUGAACCUUUAAGAAAGGAAAUCCGGAGGAAGAAAAGGCAGGCGAGGAAGGCAAGCACAGAAAAGGACAGUUGCAGUAACUGUUAACCUGUAUCGCCGCUCUCAGCUCUGAGGAAGCCCUGUUACGAUUUCAGUGGAGAUUAUGAGGAGCAGGAUGGAGUGAAGGAGAGAGUCUGUUCAAGGUGGGUGGGAAGGAGUCAGAAGGCGCAGAGGAAAGACAACAGAGAGAGAAAGGAAGAAAAAGAAAAGCCAAGGCUGGUGCCUGCGAAUUUGGGAUUCCAUUGGAAGAGAUCGCUCACUCGGGGAAAUGGAUUCUGUACGAAGACUAACCAGCAUUUUGACUUUGGUGCUCUCUGGCUUGUGGCAUUUAGGAUUAACAGCAACAAAUUACAACUGUGAUGACCCAUUGGCCUCUUUCCUCUCACCAAAGGCUUUCUCCAGCUCCUCAGAUCUUACUGGAAGUUCCAGCCCAGCCCAACUGAACUGGAGAAUGGGAACUGGUGGUUGGUCCCCAGCAGAUUCCAACGACCAACAGUGGCUCCAGGUGGACCUGGGAAACAGAGUGGAGAUUACAGCGGUGGCCAUGCAGGGACGAUAUGGGAGCUCUGACUGGGUGACAAGCUAUCGCCUGAUGUUCAGCGACACAGGGCACAACUGGCAACAGUACAAGCAAGAAGACAGCAUCUGGACUUUUGCGGGAAACAUGAACGCUGACAGUGUGGUUCACCACAAGCUGCUGCACUCCGUGAGAGCCCGCUUUGUUCGCUUUGUGCCUCUGGAGUGGAGUCCAAAUGGAAAGAUUGGCAUGAGAGUGGAGGUCUAUGGAUGCUCCUACAAAUCAGACGUUGCCGACUUUGAUGGCCGAAGCUCGCUUCUGUACAGGUUCAAUCAGAAGACGAUGAGCACCCUCAAAGACGUGAUCUCCCUGAAGUUCAAGAGCAUGCAAGGAGAAGGAGUUCUGUUCCAUGGAGAAGGACAACGCGGAGACCACAUCACCCUGGAGCUCCAGAAGGGCAGGCUAGCCCUAUACUUGAACCUGGAUGAAAGCAAAGCCAGGCUCAGUAGAAUUACACCCUCGGCCAUGCUGGGUAGCCUUCUGGAUGACCAGCACUGGCACUCAGUUCUCCUGGAGCGUGUGGGCAAGCAGGCAAACUUCACUGUGGACACAAACACACAGCACUUCCGGAUCAAGGGUGAGACCGAUGCCCUGGACAUCGACUAUGAGCUCAGUUUUGGAGGAAUUCCAGUACCAGGCAAACCUGGGACCUUCUUAAAGAAAAACUUCCACGGCUGUAUUGAAAACCUUUACUAUAAUGGAGUGAACAUAAUUGACUUGGCCAAACGACGAAAGCAUCAGAUCUACUCUGUGGGCAAUGUCACUUUUUCCUGCUCAGAACCACAAAUUGUCCCCAUCACAUUUGUCAACUCCAGGAGCAGUUAUUUGCUCCUUCCUGGCACCCCCCAAAUUGAUGGCCUGUCUGUGAGUUUCCAGUUUCGAUCAUGGAACGAAGAUGGUCUGCUUCUGUUCACAGAGUUGGCUGAAGGCUCAGGGACCCUGCUGCUUAUGCUAGAGAGUGGGACUCUGAGGCUCCUGAUUAAGAAAGUGUCAGGACAUGGAACUGAAAUCCUAACAGGCAACGGCUUGAAUGAUGGCCUAUGGCAUUCUGUCAGCAUCAAUGCCAGGAGAAAUCGCAUUACUCUCACACUGGAUAAUGAUGCUGCUUCCCCAGGUCUGGACACCUCCCAGCUGCAGAUUUAUUCUGGGAAUAGUUACUACUUUGGAGGGUGCCCUGAAAAUUUCACCGAUUCCCAAUGCUUAAAUCCCAUUAAUGCUUUCCAAGGCUGCAUGAGGCUCAUCUUUAUUGAUAACCAGCCCAAGGACCUCAUUUCAGUUCAGCAAGGUUCCCUGGGGAAUUUUAGUGAUUUACACAUUGAUCUGUGUAGCAUCAAAGACAGGUGUUUGCCAAACUACUGUGAACAUGGAGGACGCUGCACUCAAUCCUGGACUACCUUUUACUGCAACUGCAGUGACACUGGUUACACAGGAGCCACCUGUCAUGACUCCGUCUAUGAGCAGUCCUGUGAGGUGUACAGACACCGAGGGAACACAGCUGGGUUCUUCUACGUCGACUCUGAUGGCAGCGGGCCACUGGCACCUCUCCAGGUGUACUGCAAUAUCACUGAGGACAAGAUUUGGAUGACAGUUCAGCACAACAACACAGAGCUGACUCGGGUACAGGGUUCCAACCCUGAGAAGCCCUAUGCCAUGACCUUAAACUAUGGUGUCAGUAUGGAGCAGCUGGAGGCUCUGAUUGAUGGCUCAGAGCACUGUGAACAGGAGGUGGCAUACCACUGCAGGAGAUCCCGCCUGCUUAACACACCAGAUGGAGCCCCAUUCACCUGGUGGGUUGGGAGGUCCAAUGAACGGCACCCUUACUGGGGAGGUUCUGUUCCUGGAGUCCAGCAGUGCGGAUGUGGCCUAGAGGAGAGCUGUCUGGACAUCCGACCCUUUUGCAACUGUGACGCUGACACAGAUGAAUGGACAAAUGAUACUGGUGUGCUUUCCUUCAAAGAUCACUUGCCUGUAACUCAGAUAAUUAUCACUGAUAUCAACAGAUCAAACUCAGAAGCCGCUUUGAGAAUUGGCCCCUUGCGUUGCUAUGGUGACCGACACUUCUGGAAUUCUGUCUCGUUUUCUACGGAAGCUUCUUACCUCCACUUUCCGACCUUCCACGCAGAAUUCAGCGCUGACAUUUCCUUCUUCUUUAAAACCACCGCUUUGUCUGGAGUUUUCCUAGAAAACCUUGGCAUUAAAGACUUCAUCCGACUUGAAAUGAGCUCUCCUUCUGAGGUGACAUUUGCCAUUGAUGUUGGGAAUGGCCCUGUUGAGCUCCUCGUCCAGUCUCCUUUUCCUCUAAAUGACAAUCAAUGGCAUUAUAUCCGGGCUGAGAGAAACCUUAAGGAGACCUCACUGCAGGUGGACAACCUUCCACGGAAUAUAAGGAAGACCACAGAGGAAGGCCACUUCCGACUUCAACUAAAUAGCCAGUUGUUUAUAGGAGGGACAUCAUCAAGACAGAAAGGCUUUCUUGGAUGUAUCCGUUCUUUACAAUUGAAUGGACAGAAAGUAGAUCUGGAAGAGAGUGCAAAGGUCACACCUGGAGUCAGACCUGGCUGUCCAGGUCACUGCAGCAGCUAUGGAAGCAACUGCCACCAUGGGGGCAAGUGUGUAGAAAAACACAGUGGCUACUCGUGUGACUGUACCAACACACCAUAUGAAGGACCUUUCUGCCAGAAAGAGAUUUCAGCUCUUUUUGAUUCUGGCACCUCCGUUACAUACAUGUUUCAAGAGCCAUAUCCGGUAACCAAGAACAUAAACCUCUCAUCUUCAGCUAUCUACACAGACACAGCUCCAUCCAAAGAAACCAUUACACUGAGGUUCAUGACGGCACAGGCCCCCAGCCUCUUGUUCUUCCUCAAUUUCUCUUCUCAGAAUUUUCUGGCUAUCCUGCUCUCCAAGAAUGGAAGUUUACAAGUUCGGUAUGGACUAAGCAAGGAAGAAAGUCAUGUGUUCACCAUCAGCACAGAGAAUUUGGCCAACAGAAGGGUUCAUCAGGUGAAGAUUAGCCGAGAAGGGCCAGAACUUUCCAUUCAGAGAGACCAGCAACUCUUCAGCUAUAAAUUCUCCCCAGGAGCCGAGUUCCGGACUGCGAGGUCACUCAUCCUAGGCAAAGUCACAGAGACUCUUGGUUUGGAUCUGGAAGUUGCUAGAGCAAACACCGUGGGUUUUGUUGGAUGCCUUUCUUCGGUCCAAUACAACCACAUAGCACCACUGAAGGCAGCUCUCCGCCAUGCCAGCAUUGCACCUGUGACUGUCCAAGGGACCUUGACAGAAUCCAGCUGUGGCUUCAUGGUGAACUCUGAUGUGAAUGCAGUGACCGUUGUACAUUCUUCAUCAGAUCUCCUUGGGAAGACAGACGAGCAUGAACCUUUCACAAAUGCAGUCCGAAGUGACUCAGCAGUCAUUGGAGGCGUCAUAGCAGUGGUGACUUUUAUCACAUUUUGUGUCAUCGGAAUCAUGACCCGCUUCCUCUAUCAGCAUAAGCAGUCACACAGUACCAACCAGAUGAAAGAGAAGGAAUACCCAGAGAACUUGGACAGUUCCUUCAGAAGUGAAAUUGACUUGCAAAACACAGCCAGCGAGUGCAAACGGGAAUACUUCAUCUGAGCUGCUGGAGGACACCUGGUCCUCUUUUACUUAUUUUCCCACUAUUUUUUCUUCUCUUUUUUGUCUUUUAAUUUAGGCGUUUGAUUUCUGUCAUUUGCUAUUAAUUUUCUGGAGC